ACCGCCUGUCCUGUAUGGCGCGCAUUUGGUCCUCUGCGUUACACUUGCUCAAAAGCGUUUAACGCUGACUAGUACCCUUCGUUUUUGAAAAAACACUUUUUCUACAGUAACCUAGACCAAUGAACGAGAGUGUUGGCUUCUACAUUCCUCUUGGUGUUGUCUCCGCUUUUUGGUUCCUUGUUGGUGUUCUGGGCCCUGUUUUUGUACCGAAAGGACCUAACAAAAUGCUCUUGUCUGUGUCGAUUGUACUUACCGCUGUCUGUUGUUAUUUGUUUUGGAUCGGAUUUUACCUUGCACAGUACCAUCCUUUUUUCGGACCUUCAUUAAAAACAGGAUCAAUAAGAAUUAUCCAACAGCAGUGGAAGUAAAGUUGGUGACUUCGAAGAUGUAAUUGACAAUAUGGUCUUAUACGGUUAAAUAAUUGUAGUCGCCAACAGGAUUUUCUCGAGCAAAUAAGUGUGUACUACUUUUUCAGCCAGUUGCCGACUGCAUUUCUACCUAUGAUAAUUCUUAUACCAUCUAAUCGUAGUAAAGUCAGAAGUAUGUCCUCACUUCUGGACUUAUUUCUUCAAGCGAUCUGGCUAACAUCUCAGGAUUUCCUGAGUUGGUUUUCAAACCCAAAUAACGUUUUACAGUCAUGAAAAAUGUCAAACCAGUGCCUAGAUUUCAGACAGAUAUAAUGAUUGAUUUAUAAGGUGGACUUGCGGACCACAUUAUCUAGAUGUACUUUUCCCCCUUGAUAUAGCUGGUCGAAAACUGGCGCGGGGUAGACUUAUUUGCUUCGUGUUGCUCUGUAAAUAAACUGGUACAUAAAUAAGUGAGAACAACUACAGGUAGUUUUUGACUGGCAUUAUUUUCUUGUUAUUGCUCACGGUUGUGUG